AAUAUGGAGAGGUGAAGGUCCUGUCUGUCUGUCUGUCUGUGUUGUGCCUUCAAUUAACGACUUCUAAAUUCCAAGUCAACGACCGGCCGACAAUGACUUGUACCAACACUCGACUCUCUCCCUCUCUGCCUCUGCUUUCCAUUUCUCAUAAAUAUUCUUCGGAAACUCACAUCCAACCAAUCUGCCCCGCUAUCCUUCGCACCUUAAUUACCCACUUCAUUUCCAACUCUUGAUUCCUUCAAUUCCAUGGCUUCUCCGCCUCUUCUUCUACUUCUGCUUCUUUUUCUUUUCCCGUCCUCUACCGUUGCUCAAAAGCGAAACACGAAUAUCACUUUAGGCGCAUCUCUCACUGCCCAUCAUGCCGAUUCCUUCUGGUCUUCUGAAUCUGGUCACUUUGCUUUCGGUUUCCGGCAGUCUGGAGGGGGAGACUAUUUGUUGGCCAUUUGGUUCAACAAAAUUGUUGAAAAAACCGUCGUUUGGUCUGCUAAUCGGAACAAGUUGGUACCCAGAGGAUCCACGCUUGUACUUACAACACGUAAUCAACUCGUGCUCAACGCCCCUGGAGGUAAGCUAGUAUGGGCUACGUCUUUCGCAGCUACUAAUCAAUCUGUUUCCUACGCCGCUCUUCUUGAUACUGGAAACUUCAUUCUGGCUGCUGCUGAUUCCGAGAUUCUGUGGCAAAGUUUCGAUUACCCUACCGAUACCAUUUUACCAUCCCAGAUUCUUAAUCUGGGCAAAAAUCUCGUUGCUCCCUAUACACAAACAAAUUACUCAAAUGGAAGAUUUCAACUUGCAAUGCAGAGUGAUGGGAAUCUUGUGCUUUACACCACAAAUUUCCCUGUGGAUUCAAUAAGUCAAAGUUAUUGGGCAACUAACACUGUAAACUUCGGCUUCCAACUCGUCUUCAACCUCUCUGGUUCUAUUUAUCUCAUUGCAGAGAAUAAAACCAUUGUUGCUACUUUGACAUCAAAUAAUCCGCCAACUCAAAAUUUCUACCAACGAGCAGUUCUCGAGCAUGACGGGGUUUUUAGACAGUAUGUUUACCCAAAGAUGGGUACAAGUAAUUCGUCUUGGCGUGAAGCCUGGUCUCAAGUGUCGAGAUCCAUUCCUUUGAACAUCUGCACCAGAAUUAGUAAUGGUAUGGGAAGUGGAGUAUGCGGGUUUAAUAGUUACUGCCAGCUUGGGGAUGAUCAAAGGCCAUUUUGCACCUGUCCACCAGGCUAUACCGUGUUUGAUCCAAAUGAUGUGACCAAAAGUUGUAAACCCACUUUUGUCUCUCAAAGGUGUGAUGCAUCAUCGUCUCCUGAAACCGAAAACUUCGAAUUUUUUUCUCUUGAAAAUGCGGAUUGGCCUCAAGCUGACUACGGUUACUUUCAACCAGUGGACGAGGAUUGGUGCAGAAACGAAUGUUUAAACGAUUGCUUUUGUGCGGUGGCCAUUUUUGGAGAUGGGGAGUGUUGGAAGAAGAAGUUUCCUCUUUCCUUUGGGAGGAUGGACGCUGACGUCAACAGAAGAGCUCUGAUCAAAAUCAGGAAAGACAAUUCUACUCUGCCAUUUCCUAACCUUGACGAGAAAGGUAGGAACAAAACUAAGAUAAUCAUUGGAUCGGUUGUGUUGGGAAGCUCUUUAUUUCUAAACAUCAUCUUCUUCCUGCUCACUCUGUUCAUUGGCUACCGAUUCAGUAUAAGGAAACCAAAGGUUGUUCAAGUAGACCCUUUAAUGUUAGAUGUGAACCUGAGAGCUUUUAGCUACGAAGAGCUCGACAAGGCCACUGGCGGAUUCAGGGAGCAACUGGGAAGUGGUGCGUUUGCUACUGUGUAUAAAGGAACUCUUGAUUCUGUGAAGGACAACAACUUGGUGGCAGUUAAAAAGUUGGACAAUGUAGUGAGAGAGGGAGGGGAGCAAGAAUUUAAAGCUGAAGUGAGCGCUAUUGCUCGAACAAACCAUAAGAAUUUGGUUCGAUUGCUUGGUUUCUGCAACCAAGGAGAGCAUAGAAUGCUGGUGUAUGAGUUCAUGGAGAAUGGGUCUCUUGCAGAUUUUCUUUUUAGGCCCUCAAAACCAACUUGGCAUCAAAGAACGCAACUUGUCCUAGGAAUUGCCAGAGGGCUAAGUUACUUACACGAAGAGUGUAACACUCAGAUCAUUCAUUGUGAUAUCAAGCCCCAAAACAUCCUUCUUGACGACUCUUUUGAUGCACGAAUUGCAGACUUUGGAUUGGCCAAACUUCUGAGGAAAGACCAGACUCGAACCAUGACUGCAAUUAGAGGAACAAAAGGGUAUGUAGCUCCGGAGUGGUUCAGAAGCCUGCCCAUUACAGUGAAGGUUGAUGUUUACAGCUUCGGGACUCUACUAUUGGAGAUGAUCUGUUGCAGAAAAAACUUUGAACAAGAAACAGAGCAUGAAGAUGAAAUGAUACUAAGUGAUUGGGCUUAUGACUGCAUGAAAGCAAGGAAACUGGAGAUGCUGAUAAGGAAUGAUGAGGAAGCAAGGAGUGAUAUGAAGAAGGUGGAGAAACUUGUUAAGAUUGCUAUUUGGUGCAUUCAAGAGGAGCCAUCGCUAAGGCCGUCCAUGAAGAAAGUCGUACAGAUGCUUGAAGGUGCCGUUGAAGUUUCAGCUCCUCCUGAUCCAUCUUCAUUUAUCAGUUCAAUUUCGUAGCUUAUUAGGGAUGAAAGAAAUUAUUGAGUCAGCAUAAUUUCUAGACGUUGAACCCUUCAAACAAGUUGACACUAUUAUUAGCCUUACAACUUUAAGGCUACUUUGAACUCUUGAAGUUCCACCAA